GUCACCAUGAGGACGUCGCAGAAACGACAAGUGUGCGUUCUUCUACCAAACAAGCAGCACCUGGACUGUACGGUCAGGGUGAAACACAGAGGCCACGAGGUCUUGAAUAGUGUGUUGAAGCAGCUCGGCGUCAGUGAACUCCAAGUCUUGGGUCUGGCUGUUCUCAGAGAUAAUGAAUACCUCUUUCUGGAUUUGGAGCAAAAGCUCAGCAAUUACUUUGGCAAAACAUGGAACAGAGGAAGUUUAACGGUCCCAUUCAUCUUGUUUCUGAGAGUGAAGUAUUAUGUAGAGAGUGGGCAGCUGAUAUUGAGCAGCAAAGUGCAGGAUCUCUACUAUGCUGAGCUGAGGCAGAAGCUGCUGCAUUCACAGAGUCGACACCAGGAAGCUUUGUUCUUCCAGCUGGCAGCUUCUGCACUGCAAGCUGAAGUCGGAGAUCUGGAGCCGAGACCAGAGGGGAAUGAUGAUGAUGAAGAGGAGGGAGGAGAGAAAGGGCAGGAGAGAAAACACAGGCUUUACUUUCUUCCUGAGGAUUACUUCCCCUCUUGGCUGAUAAAGCGCCGUGGACGAGACUUCCUGCUGCAGCACUGCCCGGUGUUACACGUUGAGCUGAGAGGUGUGACGCGUAGCCAAGCCAUCCUUCAGUUUAUAAAAGAGGCCGGCAUCCUGCAGGAUGGACCGGUCACCUUCUACAGGAUGAGAGAGAAGAAAAAAGAGCUGAGAAGUUCAAUCCUUCUUGGCGUGGCAUUGAAAGGAAUCCAUAUUUAUCAGGAGGUGGAAGGAAAGCAGAGCCCAUUGCAUGAUUUUACCUGGACCAACAUUGACCGCCUCACUUUCCAGGGCAGCAGGUUUGAAAUCUCUGCAGUGGGCUCUCUGUGCCUCCCUAAACUGGUGUAUUACACUCCUUCAUCCCUCCACUCCAAACACGUCCUGAGGCACCUCAGUGACAGUCACCGGCUGCACAUCCACAGCAGAGGUGCAGUCAGCUACAUCCAACAGCUGGAAGACAUACAGGCCAGUCACUUCUACAAAGAGGCUUACAUCUGCGACACAACACGCUUGGCACAGAGACUUCAAAACAACAGCCUCUCAUCGUCCAUGUCCGAAUGCAGUGUUGCAGUCGAAACAACCACCUGGUCCAAAGAGGAGGCGUAUGAGGGAGAUAAAGUCGCAGGUCGGCUAAACGGAAACAACAUGUUCCGAGAUAUCGCAGCUCUGCGAGAGUUUGAGCUGUGUGUGGACGAACCAGAGGAGGUAUUUGUCGACAACCCAGCUGAAGUGGCGUGGCUGGCUGAGCUGUCAGUCGAUGGACAAGUGCUGUUACCCUCUUCUUAUUGGACAGCUGUCGCCUUGGAAAUGAAACAGGUUCUGAGGAGGAGAGCUGAUGAAGGGGUUUCUGUGGACUAACUGCCAGAGGCAAGAAGGAUUCAUUACAAGCUGAGGACAAGACCUGUAGUGUUACUGCUGUGAUACUCAUAUUGUAUUAUUAGCAAUCAUCAAUGGUGCAGGAAGUAUUUAGAUCCUUUACUUUGGUAAAAGUACUAAUACUACACUGUAAAAAUACUCUGGUACAAGUAAGUUCUGGAAUGGAAAAUGUCAUGUCUAUGUUAAAUUCUUAUUGUUUAAUACUUGGUUCAAUGAACUUCUGUAUUUCCCAGCCUAUCUCUGUAACUUUGUUUGUUCCCACCAUAUUCUUAUGUGUCCUUCUCCUUACUGUCUGUAAAAUACAUGAACACACUUUGAUCUGGAUUCUUCCUCACGCAGACU